AUGAAUUCUAUUGCUGCUCUCAAGGAGCGGUCGCACGACAAGUACAAGUCCGCUCUUCGAGCCUUUGAGAGCCCCCAGGCGUUCGUCAAGGCGCUGGAGACCAAGGAAACCGCCUACGGCCACACGGAGGAGCGGACGUUCUUCAGGAAUGAAGAUCUGGAUUUGACGCCCCCUUCGCAGUGGACUUGGGCCUGGUAUGACUUUGCUGCCUUCUGGUGGUCAUAUGGCUUCUCCGUGGGGGUUUGGAGCGUCGGCUCGUCCAUGGUUGCAUUGGGACUCACUUGGUAUGAAGCCAUCAUCUGCGUUUUCAUCUCGCACACUCUCGGAGCCAUUGGUAUUGCGUACCACUCUCGAACCGGCGCCAGAUGGCACUGUGGCUUCCCCGUCGAAUGCCGAGUUAGCUGGGGCAUGUAUGCUAGCUAUUUCCCCGUCUUUGUCCGUCUGCUGGUCGGCUGUAUCUGGAACGCGGUCAAUACGCUCGAAGGCGGCUAUUUCACCUCCAUCUUCCUGCGAUGCCUCUUCGGCCAUAAGUGGAAUAAUUUGACGAGUUCCAUCCCGGCGAGCGCCGACAUUACCGUCCAAGAACUGGUUGGUUUCAUUUUGUUCGUGGUGAUCACGGCACCUCUGCUGUCCAUUCCUGUCUCCAAAAUGCGGCGCGUCUAUACCCUCAAAUCGGUGGUCCUCCCGCCUAUUGCCAUCGGCCUGUUCGCCUUUUGCAUCGUUCAGGGAAAUGCAGUGGGCUCCUCCAGCGGCAAGUUUGCAAGCACGAAGUACAUGAGUGGCUCGAAACUGGCCUGGGCGAUGCUGUCCGCCAUCAACUCGUGCAUGGGCAAGACGUCCACCCAGACGGUCAACCAAACGGAUCUGGCGAGGUAUGCACGCACCCCCAGCUCGCCGUUCUGGUCUCAACUGCUUGCCCUGCCGAUCGGCAACACUCUGUGCGCGACUCUCGGCAUCUUCGCGACCUCGGCGACCCAGCAAGCGUGGGGCACGACGAUCUGGAACCCAUGGGACCUCUGCACCGAGAUCCUCGACCGGCACUGGACCGCGGGGUAUCGAACGUUCAUUGCCGUCGUCUGUCUCGGCUUCAUGCUGUCCAUGUUUGCCUCCAACAUCGGCGUCAACGUGAUUCCGUUCGGCGCCGACGUCAUGGCCUUCUGUCCCCGCUUCCUCAACAUCCGUCGCGGCAUGUACCUCUGCUAUAUUCUCGGGUUUAUCGUUUUCCCCUGGAAGAUCCUCAAGACGUCCAACACGUUCCUCCGCUUCCUCGGCGGGUACAGUAUCUUCCUCGCGCCCUUGUGCGGCAUCUUCAUCACAGACUACUAUGUGGUGCGCAAGGGCAAUUUCUGGGCCAAGGAUCUUUUCGACCCGCGUCCCGGCUCCGCCUAUUGGUACCAUUACGGCGUCAGCUGGCGCUGCGUGGUGGCCUUCACUAUCACGGUUGUCGUCCUGGUCCCCGGGUUCGCGGCCCAGUUUGGCAAUGAUGUCGGAACCGGCUGGGUGCAUCUGUACGACAUUGGUUGGGUAUUUGGAUGCACGUUCAGCAGUGUUCUGUACUGGGCGCUCUGUCAGUACAAUGGCUUCGCCAAGCGCGAGCGAAGUAUGGGCUGGGAGGAAGCCUAUGAGGCUCAGGGAUUGUUUGUCGAUGCUCCCGCUGAAGCCGUCAUCGUCGCUUCUCGUGAGGAGGACAUGAUUCCGGGGCUGGAGGAGAAGGUGGCGGGAGAAACAACCACCGAAGCAAAGAUUUCGUGA